ACACAUUCUAGGUAUCUUUUGUAUGUGGACACAAUCGCGGUAUUGUGUUGUGAUGCCGUAUGAUGAAGAAGUGGAUUUUGAUAAUGCCACGAACCAAUCAAUGGGCGGAUUGCGCGCUGUUUAUCAGUUGAAUGGUAGCCACUUGGCAUUCAAAUAAAAAACACAAAACUCUUCCCGCGGACCGUCACCGAAGACAGUACGCGUCGGGAUAUGGUUCUAGUUGGAGCUCGGUUUGUUCCUGGUGAUUCGAAUCGGUUCGAGUGAAUUUUCUGUGAAGUAAAAGUGAAUGCCUUCGUGGACUGGAUAUAACUGAUAUAGUAGCUCAUCAUUAGUCAUUUUGUCGACUGGCUUAUUUAGUUUAGACGGACUGCAGACUGACGGCCCGCGACACGAUGAGUAGCUUCGUGGUGAACAAUGUAGCCGGCGAAUCCGGUCGAAAGUUGCCCCAGUACAUCGCCGGGCUGGCAGCGUCCGGCGGUGCCCUAGCGGCCGGAACAUUUCUCGGAUGGACUUCCCCGGCGGAGAUCCCACUGACGAUAGAAAAGGAGUACGGCUUUCCCAUCACGAGCGAAGAAUUUUCCUGGAUCGGUUCGAUGGCCAACCUUGGUGCGGCACUGAUGUGUUUCCCCAUCGGUAUCAUGAUGAAACUGAUCGGGCGCAAAUGGGCCAUGUUGGCAAUGGUGCUACCGCUGCUGCUCGGUUGGUUGCUGAUCAUUUUCGCUGAAAAUGUAGCAAUGUUGAUGACCGGCCGAUUUUUCCUCGGUGUCGGUGGUGGUGCGUUCUGUGUUGCUGCUCCAACGUACACUGCCGAAAUAGCGCAAUCAUCGAUCCGGGGAACGUUGGGAACAUUUUUCCAGCUACUGGUUACCAUUGGUAUUCUGUUCGUGUACGUAGUAGGUGCCGCCGUUAAGGUCCAGGUGCUUAGUAUCAUUUGCGGUGUUAUUCCGCUGGUUUUUGGAUUGAUUUUCUUCUUUAUGCCCGAGAGUCCGCAUUACUAUAUCGAAAAAUGUCGGUACGAUGACGCGUCAAAGUCACUUAAAUGGCUUCGAGGCAAGCGUUAUGACGAAAGUGCCGAAAUUGAAGAGCUGAAGGAGGAUGAUGCGCGACUAAAGGCCGAAAAAAUUACAUUCGUUCAAGGCUUCCGUCAGAAAGCCACGAUCCGUGCUUUGAUAAUUGCUCUUGGAUUGAUGUUUUUCCAACAAUUGUCCGGCAUUAACGCCGUUAUCUUCUACACUACAACCAUUUUCAACGACGCCAACACUGGUUUAGCGGCGACCGAUGCAACAAUUAUUGUUGGAGCAAUUCAAGUUGCGGCCACUCUGGUUGCUACCUUCAUCGUGGACAAAACUGGUCGUCGAAUUCUACUACUCAUCUCGGACUUUUUCAUGGCCGUGUCCACGAUUCUUCUUGCAGUGUAUUUCCAGUUGAAAGAAGACGAUCCCAGUCAGGUGACGGAACUCGGAUGGCUGCCAGUGCUGGCCGUUUGCCUCUUCAUCGCAAUGUUCUCCAUUGGUUUCGGUCCCGUUCCGUGGUUAAUGGUCGGUGAACUGUUCGCCCCGAAUGUGAAAGCUUAUGCUAGUCCCCUCGCUGGAGUAUUCAACUGGCUGUUGGCGUUUUUGGUAACCAAGAUUUUUGACACGCUUCGCAUCAAUCUCGGCAAUGCCGGAGUGUUCUGGUUAUUUACCGGAUUUUCGCUUCUGGGAACGGUAUUCGUGUUCUUCCUGGUACCGGAAACGAAAGGAAUUACCCUGCCGGAGAUUCAACGGAUGCUCGGUGGCGAAAAGAUUAAACGAGCUAGCCAGCAAAGCAAUCCGACCUGCGUGGAGGAAGAUAAGACCGAGACGCAAUAAUUGGCUCAGUACCGAACAAAACCGAUAAGAAUUGUAAAUAUUGUCAGGAUAGAAAUGUGAAACUUCCACUAGCGUGUGAUCCGGCAGAUCUCGGAAGGUCUGCGGUAUCAGCGAACACUAACAAACAGUAAUAGGGAUUUUGUUCUUUGGAACAAUGCAGGUUUGGACAAGUGCAAACUAAAGAAUGCAUAACCAUUACCGAUUAAGGUGAAACAGUACUGAGAUGUAUUUAAACGAACACAUCACUAUGUUUUGUAAUAUUAUAUUAUCUAUUACUUAUUUAAGGUUUAAGCUCACUUUUCGUUCUUGAUUUGUGACUGCCACCAUAUCAGUAGUAUGUCUCGAGAGUUAAAUAAAAGAUUUCGAUAUUUAA